UUUCUAUAACAACGUUUGUGUGAGCAGCGCAGCAGCUGAAGGACCGGAGUGGAGAGACUUCUGGCAUGGGUAUGAUUGGAGGGCCAACGAGGAGCAGCGAAAGGACGGGACGGUGGGAAUGCAGACAGGAUCAGAUGGUGUAGUUCACAUGAUACUGGGUGUGGCCACAGAGUCAGAGGGUGUAACCAGCGGGUCAGAGAGGAGUGUGGUCCUGGGUCUAACAGUGAGUGUUAGCAGGGAGAGUUCUCUGGAGAUGGAUCCCGGUCUCCUGGAGGACUCACUCCUGACUGAGCAGCAGAAGCUACGCCAUGUGUUGGACUGGGCUAAGAAUUUCCUCGGGACCAGUCAGGAUGGGCACAAUCUCAGCAGAACCUCCCCUUCCUCCCCGCGUUUGUACUCUACUUCAGCUGCGCCUCGACUCGAGGUCGAUGGAAGAGCUGCUGUCUGCCCCCUUGGAACCUUUCACAAUCUUGUCAGAAGCAGAAGCGUGAGAGAAAAUAUGGUAGGCCAAUCAGAGCCUCUGACCAGGCUUCCAUACACCACCCCACUGCCCUGCCACACUCUCUCCCACACCCCAGGUGGCCGUGAGUUUUCUGGGCCUGAGUUUAAAGAGAACCCAGGGCAUAAGGAGCUAGUCCUGUCCUCUGGGCCACAAGAGGAUAACAAUGACCAACCACGUUUCCUUGGUCUAGACAACCCUCAGGCAGACCAGACUACCCACAAACCAAUAGCUCCUCAACCUGAGGGGAGAGAUGGGGUUUCCAUCAGUGAGAGCCUAAGAGACAGAGACAGUACCGUUACAACCUGUUGCUCCUCAGUGGACAGUGACACUACCCUAUGGUUGCCUGGAUAUGGUCCUUUAUCCAGAGCCCAUGACCUCAUAUCAAGGGAAGGGGGUUGUGGAGAGAGAGAAGACAGAGUUUUGGGAAUGCAGGAACACGAAGAGGAGAAGGCGGUGGCGGAGAAGGAGGACCCAAAAACAGGCCUUGAGGGAACCAGUAGUAUCAUACGUUAUGAAUCCUCUAGGGUCGCACUAGAGGGUGAACAUCCAGAUUGGGGAGCCAACGGCUGGGUGUCAGAGGGCCUGAGUGUGUAUGAGGAGUAUCUGCUGUGUGUGUCCCGUUUGGACCACCUCAGAACAGAGCAGAACCAAGCACCUGCAGACGUCAUGACCCUACCCGCUGACCAAACGGCUGACCCCUCUGAGCAACCUCUGAGUGCUGAGCUGGUGGUUGCUAAGCAACACGUCCAUCAGGACAUCCACAACGAGGGGAGGCGUGCACCAUUCAAGAGUUCAGAAGUGAAGAAUGGUAGAGUGAUGCAGCCCAAGAGCAGCGGAGGUCAACCUGGUGUCAGGAGUCAGGCUCGUGUCAGAGGUCGCGGUCAUUCCUGGAGGUUCUGGGAAAGGUCAAGCCUCUGCUGGUCAUCCUUCACUCAUGGAGAAGUGCUGCCACGGUCCCAGCUCCCCAACAGACCCCACUCAGCAGGUGUAGUGUCUAAACGGACGUCCCCAUCUGAAAGUUCUUAUUCUGGACCCAAACCACCUGCAGCACUUCAGCUCCCCCUGGGCAGUGCUGUGAAUACCAAUGCAACUAAUAUUCCUGUGACCAGGGCUCUCAAACUGGCACCUGUAGGGGGCUGUGUACAGUGGCUCUCUCUCCCUGAUGAGGUAUGGGUAUCCAUACUGUCCCUCCUGCCACACAGAGAUCUGUCUACAGUGGCCCAGGUCUGCCUCCACUUGCUCCGACUGGCCAAUGACCACACACUAUGGCAGGUUGUUAGUGUGGAGAACAGCUCAUCUUUAACUGACCAAUGGCUGAGCAGUGUGGGCGGGCGUAAUCCUCGAAGCCUGACUAUCUACAGGUGCAGCGGACUGUCAAUCACCCCGAGCGGACUAGAGGAGUUUUUCAAACUAAGUCAAGCCUCUCUGGAGGUGCUGAGUGUGACAAGCUGCAGUGGGCCUGGUCUCCAUGGUGACCUGGUGCUGACUCUGAGUGGUCAACACUGUGAUCACAUGACCUGUGUAGACGUCAGCUGGAGUGGAGCGACUGACACGGGCAUCAAAGCACUGACUGACACCUGCACUGGCCUGAAGACUGUUGUUCUCAAUGGUUGCCAAGUUACAGAUGAAGCCCUGAAUGCCCUCGUCAUAAGAUGCAGAGACAGUCUGCGCAGGUUGGAGGUGUUUGGCUGCCUGUCUAUCAGUCCCUCAUGUCUGAACACAGUGUCAGAGUUGUGUCCUGGGCUGGAGACUCUGAACAUCGGCCAGAUCCCUAAGGUCACUCACACCUAUCUGACACUGGUGACAUCACGACUCAAACGCCUUCACUCCCUUAACCUGACUGGACUGCACGCAGUGAGUGAUCAGACAGUUCAUCAGGUCCUCCUGCAGUGCCCUGACCUCCAGAGGCUGACCCUCAGCUCCUGCCCUGGAGUCACUGACAUGAGCCUGCACAAGAUCAGCACCCACGCUCCCCACAUCAGGUUGUUGGAUCUAAGUGGCUGCGGUAAGGUGAGUGAUGCUGGUGUUAAGGCUGUAGCUGUGGCCUGUAGAUGCCUGCAGCACCUGGACCUGAGCUCCACUGCCACAGGGAACAGAGGGGUGAGCCUGUUGGCAAAGUACUGCAGCACUCAUCUCCACACUGUCAAACUGAGCUUCUGCCAGAUCAGCCCAGAGGCCAUCCACAACCUCAGCAGGCAGUGCAAACGGUUGAAGCUACUGCAUCUCUACGGCUGUGCCUACAUCCCUACUGAGAAGGAGAUCAGAGACAUCAACCCCACUGUUACACUCUACCCGUUGACUUGAUACACACACACAGACACACUUAUUGUUGAAAUUGGUAUCACAUCUGACAAACUCCUCCACAGUUACCACAGAGGCAUGACUGUAAAUACAGCCUGUGUGAUAUAAAGAAUGAAGAGUGCCCACAGCACAAGUGUGUCAAGGGCACUCCUUCCAUCACCUCCUUCAUACAGUGAUGUGGUGUCAGGCAAGCUUUAUCCACAUUACAUCUAUCUAGUCAAGGUACAAAUAUGUUGUAGAUUUGUUAUUUAUUUUUUUACAUGCUGAUUGUUAGUGAAAGUUUCCCAUUCUCUGGGAGGCUCCCGAGUGGUGCAGCAGUCUAAGGCACUGCAUCUCAGUGCAAGAGGCGUCACUACAUCCCCUGGUUUAAAUCCAGGCUGUAUCACAUCUGGUUGUGAUUUGGAGUCCCAUAGGUACAAUUGGCCCAGCAUGGUCCAGGUUUGGCCAGCGUAGACCGUCAUUGUAAAUAAGAAUUUGUUCUUAACUGACUUCCCUAGAUAAAUAAAGGUUAAAUACAAAAUAUCUAGCAGCCAGACAGAAUGGGGUCUUGGUCUUCUAGACUAUCUCUAUGGAAACACUUUUUUUGUGUGUGUGUUUCGUUUAUUCAACCUAUUACAGGUAAUUAUGUUACUGCGCUCGUCCGGACGCACAGUUCUUGUUUGUUUUGUGCCUCUUUUUCUCAAAGUUGUGAGGUUGACACAAGAGAGUGCUAAAGUAGGUGAGCCGCGUCAGCGUACCAUUCCGCAAUACGUUUUAUCACAGGGGACACUUUUAGGACUCAUCAUUGUAGUCUGUAUGAAAAUGAGGGAUGGACUUCUUUGUCUGGAAGAAGAGAGCUGCAUUCUCUUGUAUUUAUUUACAAAGAUAUCUUACAGAACCUCCCUCCGUAUGGAACUUCAUUAAUUAAGGUAAGAAUUAUAAGUUAACAAACCUGUUCUCAGGAAUGGAUAACACUAGAACCCUUCAGUCUCCACAGAUUUGGGAAAAUCUGCGUUUUGUUUUUAGGCCCAUAAUUUGUGGAACAAUCUGCAGAGUUCACUGCAGUUAGAUGUGCUGGUGCCACUCAGGAAGUUUAAAUGAUUGAUUGAAGACUUCUAUGUCGUUGAAUGUGAUUGUUUUUAUUAAAUAUGUUUAUUUUGGUUUAUUGAGUGCUGAAUUAUAUUGUUUUAUACACAAAUGUGUCCAUGUUGCUUUCUAAUUCUGUUUUUAUUGUAAUGUAUACAGGGCUCUCUUGUAAAAUAGAUUUUUAAUCUCAAA